CCCAACCACUGCAGACCGCUACUCUCAUCAACCUGCAUCAGCAUGUCGAACGCCGCCGCCGCGGCGAAGCCCGACGACCUCUCGGCGCACCCGAGCUAGAGUAUCUCUCACCUGGCCAAAUCCCAGUCUCAUUCGUUUAUUCUGCACCUUGCUCGUUCGCGCGCGUUGCAUGGCCAGACUUCUUCCACCUCGCUUUGACGUCUCUUAACAUGAAAUGCGUGAUUGGAUAAUUCCAGAAGCCGCCACGCUCGUUUUUCCAGCAUUCAUAUCGCGCACAAAUUGUUCGGUGAUACUCUUCAUGACGUUGCAAGAUGCCUCGCCACCGUGCCAUCAGGAGCGAGAGACACAAUCGUUCCACCAACAACACCGACAAUAUCCAGGUCCGGUUCUGUCAGUAUAGCAACGGAGCGAGUGAUGUGGAAGACCAAGUCGAGGGAGACUUCAACUCUGCGCUGCACGACGCGAACGGUCACGCUUAUCGUCAUAACAAGGCAGCGGAGUUCACAUGGGGCGUGGAGACGUACACGGACGCCAAAGAUUCAGAGCAGCUCGAGGUGCCAAUUCGCGAGAGUGACACGGCUGCGCCGUCGUGGAGCACGCACGACACACUGGGGGACGAGCUACACUACGUCGAUGCGACGGGACCCUGCAUACGCGGGGGCUCCAUCGAGAGAACAAUCUGUAAAGAGAUCGGGCCAGGCCUGGUUCGGGAAUGUGAUUCGAAGCGAUCCGCGACGGGUCGCAGGGCUGGGAAGGGGCGGAACUUGAGGAACUUGGAGCAUAGUGGAGAGAUGGAAACGCGGGUACGAGUAAUCCUGAAGGAUAAAUUAUUGGCAGCGUACGACCUCACGGACGAGCUUGCCGCGCUCAACACGCUCCUCGAACCCCUCAUAUCGCUCCCGAUGCGUUUCAGCGGAUAUCAAUUAAAGUCACAAUUCCGACGAUGCGCCUCCUCAGCGGCAUCCGGUCUAAGCACCCGCCACCUCAUGUACCAGACCACCGAAUUGCCCAAUGCGAUCGUCGGGUAUGUCGGAUCGAAGCGCGACAUACUUGCCUACGACUAUGCUUCCGUGCAGACGCGUGGACAUGAUUGCGCUUCUGAGCACCGCGUCAUCCGCCACGAAGCCAGCUGGUCCGGACCCUCGAACCACCUCAUUGUCAAACUAUUUCUCGCACGCGACGAAUACAUCUCCAGAGUUCUAGACGACUCCAAGCAGGAUGCACUCACGCUCGCUGCAGACGACGCGGCGCACAAAGUGCCGGCGGAAUACGACGGCGCGCAUGUGCUCGCACAAAAGCGCAAGCCCCACUCGUUGAAGCUCCGGACAGUCGUCGAUCUGUCUCUCCGGCGGGAUCUGCGCGUUCUUGAAGUCUCGAAUAGGAGUAUGACCGCACAGGAGAUGCCGCCGUCUGGGAUGUUCGGACCAUGGAUUCAGGCGCGGGCGGUUCCUAGUGUUUGAAUGGUCCGGGAUGGCUACCUUACUCUCGUUCAUUUGACCUAACAGCCGCUGGCCUGUCUCUCGUACACCGCGGGUCUUGUCGACCGUGUUGCAACAUCGGAGCUUGGAUCAUAUCGAGAUGAACAGCAACGCGAUGUUUGCUCCAAGGAACAAACGAGAUGGUGGCGAUGAUCAAAGCAAGCCUACAGUCCUUCCGGAACGACGGACGGCUUCCAUCAUCGACGAAGCACGCAUUUGACGUGACCAAGCCCUCGUCGUGAUGACGCGCACGUUGGCUAUGCACAAUGACUGCCUGGUCUCAGGGCGAGUCGUAAGCUGCUGUAUUUUGACGCAGUAACUGACGCGUUGCUAGGGCCUGACUACAGGGCUAUGCUGAAUGCCGCAGCAAAGACUACCUGAGCCCGGUCACCGAUAUUUUGAACCUCUUGCUCCGCGAACGCUGACGCACGCCGACCAUAUCCCCAUCCGCGCCCUAUCCGCAGUUCUCCGGUGCCCGGAAUAGACCGGCCUGAAUACCGCUGCGUCCUUGGCCUCCUGUG